AUGGAUACUCCGUUGAUUAAUUUGUCUAGAGACGAUGUGAACAUGGUUUACGAACCUUCAGAGGAUUCUUUCCUCUUAAUAGAUGCCUUGGAAGCUGAUUUAGAAUUUUUCAAAGACAUAAAGCCCAUGGCGUGCUUAGAAAUAGGCAGUGGAUCUGGCGUUGUAAUUACUGCCUUGGCAAUGGCAUUGAACAAAUAUUGUCGGCCAUUCCAUCUCGCGAUUGACAUUAAUGGCAGUGCCUGCCAAGUUACAAAGAAAACUGGUAAGCUGAAUUCAGUGGAACUAGACGUCGUGCAAAUGGAUUUGUUGAGUUGUAUAUGCAGCAAUUGCAUCUUCGAUAUUGUGGUAUUUAAUCCGCCGUAUGUUGUAACGAGCGACGAAGAGAUUUCAGACGGAAGGUUACUGUAUAAGAGCUGGGCUGGUGGUACAAACGGUAGAAAAGUUAUGGAUCGAGUAUUCCAUAAAAUUCCUAAUAUUUUAUCGCGUACUGGAACAUUCUACUUAUUGAUCAUUAAGGAGAAUGAUCCAGACGAUAUUUUGCGAAUGUUUAAGGAUUUAAAUAUGAGAGGCGAGGUAAUAGUGGAAAGAAAGAUUAGGGGUGAGCAUUUGUACGUUUUACGUUUUAAAAAAAUCAUGUAAUAUGUAUCUUCCUCGAGUACGAUGGUUUGUGUGAUAAACAGAGAAAUUUUUUUGUCAUGGAAGUAAUUCGUCAGUACUUUAGUCAUAGUUUAAAGCUCGAGGAACAUAUAUCGAGAGUUUAUCUUGCAAAGGAGAUGCGGUACGUCAAACCCGCGUGCAGACGAUCAAAUGUCAGGCGCGAGAGUGAUGUAUGUGAUACGUGUAUAAAGUUAGAGAUAUUAAUUGUUGUUACAUUCAGUUUGUAAAUACAUAUUUUACUAGGUAUGUACUUAGAUUGUCACUCCAUCUCGUAUUGAAUGUAUGUAAAGUAUUGUUAGCUCAACAUUGUUUUUCAUUGG